AUGAAGAAUUCAUUAAGAUUUACUAACGCAAUCAAGAGAUUUUAUACCAAGAUGGCCAACAGUAAGUUCGAAUACGUUAAGGACUUUGAAACGCAAGAAAAACUUUUACCCAAUAGUUGGAUAGUCGUUCGAAUAGACGGCAAAGGCUUCCACAAGUUUUCCACUAAGCACAAUUUUAACAAGCCCAACGAUACGAGAGCCUUGGGCUUAAUGAACAGAGCCGCUGCCACUGUUAUGAACGAAUACAAAGACAUAGUUUUGAGCUACGGCGUUAGCGACGAGUACUCCUUCGUUUUGAGAAGACAAUGCCCCUUGUACAACAGGAGAAAGGACAAGAUAAUGACGUAUUUAAACAGCCUGUUUACCUCUUCGUACGUGUAUUUUUGGAAUGAAUAUUUUCAUGAUGUUAAGUUGAAGUACCCUCCUUCGUUUGAUUCUCGAAUAGUGUUGUAUCCUACCGACGAGAAUUUAAGGGAUUAUCUAAAUUGGAGGCAAGCCGAUUGUCACAUAAACAAUCUGUACAAUACUACGUUUUGGUCUCUUAUAUUAAAAGGAGGGUUAACCAAUUGCGAAGCGGAGCAAAAAUUGUGCGGAACUGACUCGGCUCACAAAAAUGAAAUUUUAUUCAGCGAAUUCGGCAUUAACUAUAAUAAUGAACUCGAUCUGUUCAAAAAAGGAACCAUACUACUCAGAAAGAAUAUCAAACAUCCUCUUCACGAGAAAUCGAGACAAGUAAUUUAUCCAUUCCAUGAAGAUUUAAUCAGAGACACGUUUUGGGACAAGAACACUAACAUACUACCAGGACAAGUCAGCCAGGAAUUUGAUUACUCCAGCGUCGAUAGACUUCCCGAAUUAGUGCUUAAGCAAUUGCAUUUAAGCGAUAAGGUCAUUCGCCCUGAUGAAUCCAAGGACGUUGCCAAAGAGUAG